GAAUAAUAAAAAGACUCUCAAAAGAAAGCGCGUGCGCAGAGAAUCUAAUACUUUACCUAAACUCCAAUACUUACACUUAUGUUCUGUCUCCCCAAACCUUAAAGCAAACACCUUGAAACAUCAAACAAAGAUCACACCAAUUUAUUAUCUUCAAUAGCAACCAUGUCAGACUCUACAUCAGAAGAAAUAUAUUCAUCUCCAACCCCAGCUAUACUUAUAAAAAUAUUUAGUAAAAGAAGAACAUGGGUGAUUUUAUUUAUUACUGUCUACUCUUUAUUACUGUUUUCAUCUUGGAAUAUCUUGAAAUCUGUGCUUUCAUGGUACGAGUCGACCGUGUCGAGUUCAUCUAACUCGUACGGGUGGCCGGCGAUUUAUGCGUCGGUGGCGUUAGGUGUGAUAUUUGGGUUGCUUUCGAUGGUUGCUGCGUUGGCUGUGGCAGUUCCGGCAACUUUGGUGACGUGGAUCACGGUGCUUGUGAUGUUGACUUUUUUUGGGAAGCCGAGAAAAGUGUUGGUGGGGGAAGGCAAGAAAUUGACGGCUGAGAUUGGUGGGUUUGUGGGCAAGGUUUUGAUCAAGGAAGGAAAUGUUGUGGCCGCUGUCUGUGCUGUUUUGGGCUACUUUGUUCUUGUUAGGAAGAAAAACAGAGAUGAUGAUAAUUGAUACUUUUUUUUUCUCUACUAAUAUGUAUAGGGUUUUUUGUUUUAAUAUAUCUGACAUCAUGUUCA